AUGAAAAACCAAUCAAUGGAAAUAGAGUUCAUUCUCCUGGGACUGACAGAUGAUCCACUAUUGCAAAUUGUGAUUUUCAUGUUUCUCUUUCUUAAUUACACAUUGAGCCUGAUGGGGAACUUAAUCAUUAUCCUCCUCACCCUGCUAGAUCCUCACCUCAAGACACCAAUGUAUUCCUUUCUCCAUAACUUCUCUUUUUUAGAAAUCAUAUUCACAGCAGUAUGUAUUCCCAGAUACUUGAUAACCAUCGUGACUAGAGAAAAAACCAUCUCAUAUAAUAAUUGUGCAGCUCAAUUGUUUUUUAUUCUUUUACUGGGAGUUACGGUGUUUUACCUUCUGGCUGCUAUGUCCUAUGACCGCUGUGUUGCCAUCUGUAAACCCUUGCAUUAUCCAGUCAUUAUGAACAGCAUAGUGUGCUAUUGGCUUGUACUUUCCUCUUGGCUAACCAGAUUCCUAAUCAUCUUUCCCCCAAUGCUUAUGGGCCUCAAGCUCAAUUUCUGUGCUUCCAAAAAUGAUCAUUUUAUGUGUGAAACUUCUCCUAUCCUGCAGAUAUCCUGCCCAGAUACACAUGUCCUAGAAUUGAUGUCUUUUAUCUUUGCUGUGGUGACACUUGUGGUCACAUUGGUGUUAGUGAUUCUCUCCUACACUUGCAUCAUGAACACCAUUAUGCAAUUCCCUUCGGCAUAGCAAAGGACCAAAGCUUUUUCCACUUGUACUUCCCAUAUGAUUGUUGUCUCCAUGACUUAUGGGAGCUGCAUCUUUGUGUAUAUUAAGCCAUCUGCCAAAGAAAGGGUGACUAUAUCCAAAGGCAUAGCUUUGCUGUAUAGCUCACUUGCCCCUUUACUAAACCCCUUCAUUUAUACCCUAAGGAACCAGCAGGUGAAAGAAAUCUUCUGGGAUAUGUUACAAAAGAUGUGUUUCUCAAAAGCAAUUGUAAUGAAUUUACAAAUCACAGCCUUGCUAUAA